GUGGUGGAGAAUCUCAUCCAGCUCUUCGAUGAUGAAGCCCGCCACGACCAGGGCUACUUGAACGACUCUUGGGACUUGGACAGCGAGAAGAUUGAGCUGAUUCAGGUGGUCUUGAGAGAGCCAUGCAAGGGUCGCAACAUCUUUGAGCGCCCUUUCCGCCCAGCUAUGACGGUUUUGGAGUUCAAGGAGUGGUUCGUGCAGAAGACGCAGGAGAAGCAGCAUGGUCAGAUGAACAAGCUUGAGCUUGACACGGCGGACUUCAAGCUGAUGUCCAACUACCAAGAGUUGCAGGAUGACCAGACAUUGGAGAGCUAUGCGCACUAUGGCAACUUGGCAGUGGUCAUCUGCUUCAAGCUCAAGGGCGGUGGGCUGGUGAGAAAGCAUGUCUCCAAGCAUCAGGCGCUCCAAGUGCUCAAAACCAAGGCGAAGGCUUUCGCCACCAAGGGAGAUGAGACCUUUGACCUUCGCGCCUUCCCUGAUGACUUCCAACGCUUUGUCACGGCUCAGAAGGAUAAGCUGGAAGCAGUUCAGCUUAUGGUUGGCGAAGGGCGAGACAUAGUGAAGUUGGCAUUGAGGAACGCCAAUGACACCACCUUGAUGGAGUUGAAGAACAUGAUGGAGAAAAAGUACGAAGGCAAGGAUGACGCCAGCGAGAGCCGAAUUGCCAUUGCCACUACAAUGCUCUUUCCUUCCUUGGAGACAUUGGGCGCAUCGGCAAAGGCUCUUGCCUCGGUGCAUGGUGAGAUGAUGGCAUACCUGAUGGGCUGUUAUGCCGAGAAAUAUCAUUUCUUCCAUGGUGCAGAGGCUCGUUUUGAGAACAAACGCUUUGCUUCUGACAUCGUUGAUGAGCAAAAGCGUCGGGUGAUUUUGACCGAUGCUGGAGCUCCUACUUCUGUGGAGCAGUCGCCAAAUUGCGCUGCGAUGUGA